CCGGCCCCGCCCGACGCGGCGAAGAUGGCGGCGGAGAUCCACUCGAGGCCGCAGAGCCGGCGGCCCGUCCUGCUCAGCAAGAUCGAGGGCCACCAGGACGCCGUCACCGCCGCCCUCCUCAUCCCCAAGGAGGACGGCCUCAUCACCGCCAGCGACGACCGAACAAUCCGAGUAUGGCUGAAAAGAGACAGUGGCCAGUACUGGCCCAGCAUUUACCACACAAUGGCAUCUCCCUGCUCUGCUAUGGCUUACCAUCACGACAGCAGACGGGUGUUUGUGGGCCAGGAUAAUGGAGCCAUAAUGGAAUUUCAUGUUUCUGAGGAUUUUAAUAAAAUGAACUUCGUCAAGACCUACCCAGCUCAUCAAAAUCGAGUAUCUGCCGUUAUUUUCUGCCUUGGAGCUGAAUGGGUCAUCAGCACAGGCCAUGACAAGUGUGUCAGCUGGAUGUGUACGAGGAGUGGGAGCAUGCUUGGGAGACACUUCUUCACCUCCUGGGCUUCGUGCUUACAAUAUGAUUUUGACACCCAACAUGCUUUUGUGGGAGAUUAUUCUGGCCAGAUCACCCUACUGAAGCUUGAACAGAACACCUGUUCGGUUAUUACAACCCUGAAAGGGCAUGAAGGUAGUGUUGCCUCACUGUGGUGGGAUCCCCUUCAACGAUUACUCUUCUCGGGAGCAUCCGACAACAGCAUCAUUAUGUGGGACAUUGGGGGAAGAAAAGGCCGGACGCUGCUGCUUCAGGGCCAUCAUGACAAGGUGCAGUCCAUUUGUUACCUUCAACUGACAAGGCAACUAAUUUCCUGUUCGUCCGAUGGUGGAAUCGCAGUUUGGAAUAUGGAUGUCAGCAGAGAGGAGGCGCCUCAAUGGUUAGAAAGUGACUCUUGUCAAAAAUGUGAACAACCUUUCUUCUGGAAUAUAAAGCAGAUGUGGGACACAAAGACACUAGGAUUAAGACAGCAUCACUGUCGGAAAUGUGGACUAGCCGUCUGUGGAAAGUGCAGCACUAAGCGUUCCAGCUACCCAGUCAUGGGCUUCGAAUUCCAGGUCCGGGUCUGUGACUCCUGCUUUGAUUCUAUCAAAGAUGAAGACCGCACUUCCCUGGCAACCUUUCAUGAAGGAAAACACAACAUUUCCCAUAUGUCUAUGGAUAUUGCCAGGGGACUGAUGGUGACCUGUGGGAGCGAUCGUGUGGUAAAGAUCUGGGAUAUGACACCUGUCGUCGGUUGCAGUCUGGCUACUGGCUUUUCCUCCGGCUGACCGGAGAUCUUGGCAGUUUAUGCACCUUAUGUAUAGCGUUCCUCCUCCUCCGCCUCCUCAAAUUGGACAACGGCCUUUACGAAAACAAAAUUGUUCUGUAGGACACGCCGAGAUCGUCUUACAGAAAGGGCACCUACGUGGCCGGUGGGAACAUCAUACAAAAGGUUUCCGUAGAACACGGCUCCUUGAACGGUGGACCUACUUCGACCUAAUUUACCUUUUAGCGUAAACAGAGUGUGUUCUCUAACGAAAUAGCAGUGUUCUGAAAGCCCCGUGAGUUUUAGCGGGGAGGAAAAUCAUGGACAUUUCCAGGCCAAAAUUCUCAUCAAAUGUUAAAUCUACAGUCAGUCUGGGAUGAUUUAAAAGGAGAUUUUUAUUAUGUUGAAGUGGGAUGGAAGAAGGAGUUUUUUUGUUUUUUUGUUUGGUUUUUUUAAAAAUUCUCUCUCUCUCUCUGGAGGGAUGGCAAUAGAAGUCAGAAACCAGAAUAUAUCUUCAGUCUGCUGGCGGUAUCUGAGAAUUUCUGUGCAUUUAAGUUACUUGCAGAUUUAUUGAUAUCUGUUUCUUCCAGGUAGUUUAAUUUGCCUGUAAUUUCAGGCUACCUGUCAUUUUCUGUGGCUUUCUUCCUCUGACUUAAACCACCACUGGUAUUCUUUAUGAGUUGUGCACUUUUGAUAAUGGUAAAGGCAGCUCCGGACAUACGAUUUUGUCUCGGUUGCUCGGUGAGAAGCUGUGCCUGGCCUGUUAAAACGUAAGUCUCCCAAAUCUGACCACCUUUCCUCAUUGCUUCAAGUGUAACUGGUGGAAAAGUCCCUUUCCACCAGCUUGACGGCCGUAGGAAAGAAUCCAUUUGCUCCUCAGACCAACCUGAUCCUAACAGAACCGAUUUCCAGUUCUAAAAUGAAUAUGUGUGACGUUGACUGCAGAAUGUUUGGCACUCUGAGGGAAUUACCCAGAAGAAAUGUUAAAUUAUUAAAAAAAAAAUGCCAAGUAGAAUGUAUUUUAACCGGUGAUUGCUGGGCGCGGGACUUCCUGGGAAGGAUUAGUGACCGUGGGUCUUAUAAAGGCCUUGCGUGGAAAUUGUUGUUAAUAGGCAGCCCCUCAUGUUUUAAUGGUUGAUUAAUUUGUUGCCAUAGUGGAGAAGCAUAUUCUAAAAUACUGGCUGCUCAAACUUCCUGGAAAAAUUUUCAGCAUUCCAUUUACGUUCGUACAGAGAAAUUUGCAACGUAGUAUUUUAAAACUGCAAAUCCCAUGAUGUGUAGGGCUGCCAAGAUGAUUAUAGAGGGGGUGUGCAUUUUUGGAGGAUGAGUUAAAAUAAGUGUCACUGAUGCCUUCUGCAGCUUGACUGAUGUAGGUGGUCUGGUAAGGUUGCUCUAUUUCAUUGAGUUGGGAAGUUGACAGGGUGAUACGUUCAGAGAAUUGAGAAUCGAGAUGAUAGUAAGGUAAAUCCUAGAUGCUGUUCAGAAGCAGCAACGGAACCGGAGUAUCGGACUUCGGAAACUUGGUUCCCGCCGUCUGAAAUCUAAAUAUCCGAGCCAGCAUCUAUGUUGGUGAAAGGGGAAACAGCGUGACUGGUUCUUAAGGAGAGUUUAUUGGUCUUUGGAAAUGACAGCGUUUUAUUAUUCAUUUUAAUUUUAUAUUUAAAUCACGUGGAAAAGAUUUUUGGUUUUGAUAUCAUUUCUUGGGCCCUCAGCAGAAAAUCUGUUACUAAUGUCCAGUUGGGAAAUGUGAGUUGGUGAUUCUUUGUUGUUGGUUUUUUUAAACAUCGUGGAAACCAACUCAGGUAGAUGCUUAUCCUUUCCACCUAUUCGAAAAAGGGUGCUAGCCCAGGGAUUUUAUUUUUUCUCAAAUGGACUCGAUUACACUAUGUUGUUACUGCACCUCACUGUCACUUUUGUGUAAGUUUUGAACAAAGAGAUUUUAGUUAAACUGCAUGUCAUUGUAGAUGGCAGGAGUCUUAGGUUAGAACUGUUUACAUAAUAAAAUCAUCUGAAAGUUGUUCAGCGCAACUGGUUCUUGAGUUAUCACCUUCCUCCAUUGUCAGUUUCUGUUAUUUAAGCAAGAGGGGUGGGAAGAAAAGUAUUAGCACUUGGAAGAUGGAGAAAUGAUUAGAUGCUGUCUACUUUCUAUUUAAAACAAAUGGGGGAAAAAACAAAUCCCUCUCCAUUGUAGAAAUUUGCUUUGCCCCGUCACCGAUACAGGAGCAGAAAGAAAUUCUUACAUUCGGAGAGGCGUGUGGUGCUUCUUCGACUAUUCGGUUAUAGCUUGGUUUUUUACAAGAGGUGGAUGGGCCACUGUGGGAAGCAACUUCCUUCUUAUUUAGACAGCGUUGCAUCAGUGAUUUUGUUCGGGAAAGGAUUUAUGCAACAGGGACCUAUGAGUUUCUUUGCCAUAUUCGCAUAUAACUGUUCAGCAGCAGUAGAAAUGGAUAACCUAUAUUUUGGGGGAAAAGGAAUCAUGUACUAGAUUUAGCAAGAGAAGAAUUAUGGCAAAGAAAUAUCCGUUGCUGUAAAAAAACAACCAAUUGUUCUUUAUUUCCCAGUAUUUGUCCAAAUAAAAUUAAUCCUUUAGCAACAAGUAGACACCAAUACAUUAGAUCCCAAUUUGUGUAGUGUGUUUUUGCUUCUGCCUUUUUGGUUGUCUUUGCGGCCUCAGGCAACUCAAAAUAUUAUAGGAUUUGUCUCUUUCUUCUAACUCUUUCCCUGAAGAAUUAUAUUUGGCAAUCUAGUUCUAAAUUUUAAAGCUGUUUAAACUGGAUCAUACUGCAUAAAAAUUGCAAUAAUUCAAAUGCGGGCAGUGCUUUUUAAAACACAGAUUUGCAUUAAGUUAACAUCAAUUUGCAGUGAAUUAGGUUCCUCAAGUUUUAACCAAAUAGUUACUACUACUAGCAAAAUAUCAAGUGUCCGUUAUGAGGUUUAACAAAUGAGUGAUACAGACUGUAUUUAAGUGUCUAUUGCUUAGUUGUUAAAUGGAAGCAGAUUAUUGAAUGUCAACUGUAAUUUAUACAGUUUAAUAUACAAUAACUAUUUGAAUGAGUUUAAAUUUAAUUGUGCAGCAGAUUUAUAUUUAGGAAACAGUUUAAUGCAUUUUUCUUGUAUGGCUUUUUUGACUGGGGGAAAAAAGAUAUUACUACUUAGUGUAUUUUUUGUCUCUUACUGGCUGUGUUCUUGCAAAAUACUGUAUCCUACUUAAGUCAGAGGGACUAAAUAAAUUUUCCUCUGCCCCCUGCGUGUUUUUUUUUUUUAAAUUUUGAAUACAUAUACAAUAAAAUGUUUCUUGCUUGUUAA